CAUCAGUAUUAUUUUACUUAUGUUAUGUUGAAAUUAAAGAAUAAGCUUUGUACAAGGGAAAGAGAUAACAAGAUGUCAGGGAACCACAGUUUGGUUGUUGAAGCGACCGUCAACACUCACUGCUCCUCAUGACAAGAUUCUAGCAAAAGAUUGGAAUGAACACAGCAGGCCUUGCCAUCUUGGUCAGGAUGGGCAAUUGUUUAUGUGUUAAGGAAAGAAUUAAAGUCAAUGGACGUCAGUAUUACAUAAGGGAACGACUUGGUGAAGGAGGGUUCAGCAUGGUGGACUUAGUAGAAGAUGCGUCGUCACAUAAACUGUAUGCCCUCAAACGCAUUACAUGUCAUGCACAGACAGAUCAGAAGGUGGCCCUGGCAGAAGUGGAGUACCUCAAAGCCUUGUCUCACCCCAACAUUGUGGAGUGCAUAGACUCAGAUCUUGUAGGGAUGCCAGACCUAAUGGGAAAUCGUACAUCACAAGUACUCAUUGUUCUCCCAUACUGCCAGCGGGGAACACUACAUGAUGAGUUAAUGCGCAGGCAACAGUCUGGUUCACACUUGGAUGAGGUCGUUGUAUUGUCUAUGUUCCGGCGGAUAUGUGAGGCUGUCCAGUGCAUGCACUCAGCCAAGCCACAUCCUUUGGCUCAUCGAGACAUCAAGACGUCCAAUAUUCUCUUAAAGGAUGAUCUCACACCACUACUUAUGGAUCUAGGGUCUGUAACCAGAGCAAGACUGGAGAUAAAUGGCAGUUCAGAGGCCCACAAGCUGCAGGAUGAAGCUGCUGAGAGAAGUUCCAUGCCAUACAGGCCUCCAGAAUUAUUUAAUGUUGAAUUUUUUUGUCAUGUAGAUGAGCGUACUGAUGUUUGGUCUCUAGGUUGUUUGCUGUAUGCGCUAUGUUUUUACAAAUCUCCCUUUGAUGCCGUGUAUGAGCGAGGGGACAGUGUAGCGCUGGCCGUGGUCAGUGGAAUCACAAAAUUCCCCGAAACUCAUCCGUACUCAGAGGAUAUUGUUGAGCUGAUCAAGAGUAUUCUCAAAGUUAACCCAGAGGAGCGUCCGUACGUAGACUGGAUAAUAAACAAAGUGGAUCAACUUAUCAACAAAUCAUCGGGGGCGGUCUAGUCAGCAACAUUAAGUAAUAUACUGUAGUAAACUCUGGGAUACUAAGCUCAUCAGUGUUCCCACAGUUGAAACAUCUUGAGUCAGCAUUUUGCCACUGCUUUACAUAGUAAUCCUGUGGGCCAUGAUAACUAAAGCACGACAUGCAUUUAUCUUUAGCUUAGUAAACCACUCUUAAUAAAUACAAUAAAUACAGUACAGUACAUUACUGUAUGCUGUGUUUGGUUUAAUUGUCUGUAUAAACUAACCAAGUCUAGUAUUGUAACCCCAGAGACAUCUGCAGUUCUUUGAGAUUUUCACAUGUAGUUGAAACAUAGGCGCUCUCUCUCUCUCUCUCUCUCUCUCUCUCAUAUAUAUAUAUAUAUAUAUACCGGUUAUAUCUUUACUUAGGAUUUUCGUAAACCAGAUCUUUGUCAGUCAAGGACUUCCUGAAUGCCAUUUGAUGUUAUUAAGUUGGUGUGUCACGUGUUUAGCCAGAGUUACUAUUUCUUAAAAUUAUUUGAUACAGAUAUCUCUGUGCAUCCUAUAACAUGGUGACAUAAUGUAAAUUGAACUGAGAAUCCUUGUGGAGAUAUUCUGUUAAAUCUAAUCAAGGAAACCAUUGCUGGGCCAGAAAAAGUUUGUUUACAUUCAUCCCACAAGAUUGUACCUGUAUAAAUGGUAUAAAAUGUGUUAGGUGGAUAUUUAUCAAGAUAAAAAAGAAAUUCUGCAGGACCUGAGCAAUAAUGAGAAUUAAUGCUUGAUAGUCUGUUCCUUCUAAAUUUUCUCUUAUGACUUGAACCUUUGUAGGAGGUUUACCUUAGUGUUAAUUUUAGGAUUGCUUUCUUCCUUUGACUCGUAAUUGCUCACAUACAUUUCUUGGGUUUUUGUAAAUAAAAGGAGUAUUUUUGUAUCCACUACUUACACAGCAUUUAUCAAAUCAUCGGCUUAUUCAUUCUACUGUUUACUAAUGUGGGUCUAAUGUGUCAAACCUCUCACCUUUACUUCAGUAAUUUCACUAUAAAGGAGGAGGAAGUAAGUGCAGUAAAUGUUAAUGGUGUUAAGAAUACAUUAAACAUGCACUAUGAAGAAUAAGUUUAAGGGACUUAGAAUGUGAACAUAAUAUGAUUCACAGGUAGUAGGUAGGAGGCAGAUAUCAAACAGGGAGGUACUACUGCCUGGGAAGAUAUUGGAAGCAUAAUGUGUUGUCUAAUGGUAGACCCUGCUGCCAUAUGGCAUCACAAAAAUU